GUAGGGGAAGGAACGAUGUCAGGUGUUGGGGGAGGAAAGCGUCCCUCAGGGGGGGACAGCCCCCCCGGCCCACCUGAGAAGAAGAGCAAAAAGGAAGAGAAGACCACCACCACUCUCAUUGAGCCCAUCCGAAUAGCUGGAGUAUCUUCCACGGAGGAAAUGGACAUGAAGGUGCUCCAGUUCAAGAAUAAGAAGCUAUGUGAGCGUUUGGAACAGAGGCAAGCUAUGGAGGAUGAGUUGCGAGAGAAAAUCGAGAAGCUGGAGAAGAGACAAGCUACCGAUGACACCACGCUGCUUAUUGUCAACCGCUACUGGUCACAGUUGGACUCAAAUGUCCAGGUGCUGCGCCAGCGCAUUAUUAAGCACGAGGCUUCAGUAUCUGCCCCACCUUGUGUCCCAACUCCAGUGGAGGAACAAAAUGUUACAGCCUCACCAUCCUCUGCCUUAACUCCACCUCCACUCCCAGAGGUUCGAACUGACGGGGAGCAGACAGUACAGCAGGACCAGCAUCAGCUGGAGCAGGAGCAGAAACCCCUUCCUGAUGGAUCAGAAGAAUUGUUGACACCCGUAGACCCACCACAGGAUACACCAGUGGCCAGUGCAUCACCACCACCUCCUCCCCUUAGUGAGAGUGCGAAGGGUUUCUUGGCCACGCUGGAGCAUAGCAGUGAUGAGGAGCUCACCCUGCACCUUCAGGAGCAUAUGCAGUUCAGCAAGGAAGCCAUCGCAUGCCUGUGUGUCUUUGACAGGCUGCACAGCCGCGUCGAUGACAUGUGCAAACAGGUUCAAGCUGCAGUGUGUAACGACGACAGCCAGACUGAGAACAUUCUGAAGUGCACGCUGCUGGAAGAGAAUAGUCGUCUGCGAGACUUAGCAACCCUUCUACAAGGCCGCCACCACAAGAUGUCAAUGGAGUACAAUGAGCUGGUGGACAAAGUGACCAGCUCUGAGACUAAGGUGACAGAGAUGGAGACGACUGUGGAGGACUUGCAGUGGGACAUUGAAAAACUUCGCAAUAGAGAACAAAAGCUUAAACACCUUGCAGAGGCCAUGGAGCAGCUGAAGUCUGGUUACAGCAGCACCGGCAGUGGUGGGGGCCUUGCUGGAGGUCAGAUUACUUUGAACAUUCAAAAGUUUGAGAGUCUGAAUGCAGAGUUGGAGCAUAACCAGGAAUUGGCCAAUAGCCGAAUGGCAGAGCUGGAAAAAUUGCAGGUGGAGCUCCAGGAGGCUGUGAGAGAAAGCAGAAACUCAAGGCUCUCAAUGGACUUGCAGAAUAUUCCUGAGGAGGUUGUGGAGACGUUGGAGUACAAAUGUCUCCAGUCUCAAUUCUCCCUGCUGUAUAAUGAGUCUCUUGGGGUCAAAACUCAGCUGGAUGAGGCGCGGGCUCUCCUGCUCACUGCCAAGAAUGCCCAUCUCCGACAAAUUGAGCACAUGGAGAGCGAUGAGCUGUCCCUUCAAAAGAAACUGCGAACGGAGGUCAUCCAGUUGGAGGAUACUCUGGCCCAAGUGCGUAAAGAGUAUGAAAUGCUGCGCAUCGAGUUUGAACAGAACUUGGCCGCUAAUGAGCAAGCAGCAUAUAUUGACUGUAGUCUAUGUUUUGUCUGCCUUGAUCCCUUGUGGCUUUUCUCCGGACCAAUCAACAAGGAGAUGCGACACUUAAUCAGCAGUCUUCAAAACCACAACCUGCAACUGAAAGGUGAUGUUCAGCGUUACAAGAGGAAGUUGCGGGAAACUCAAAUGGAGAUUAAUAAGUUACGUUGCCAGAGUGGUGACGCAGGAAGUCUGGUCUUAGAGGAAACAACAAAUGACAACGUUGAUGUGAAGAAAGAGGAGGACGACCAGGAGGAGGAGGAGGAGAGAAGGAAGGAAUUGGAAAGACAGCGGGCCCGCGAAAGAGAGUGGGAGAGAGAGGCUGAACGUGAGCGGCGAGAGAGGGAGAGGCAACGCACUGACGAAAUGAAGAGGAAGGACUCGGACACAUUAAAGAUGCUCAGAAUCGACCUCAAGAAGGCCCAGGAGUCCCAAAAAGAGAUGAAGCUGCUGUUGGACAUGUAUAAGUCGGCCCCAAAAGAACAGAGAGACAAAGUGCAACUCAUGGCAGCUGAGCGCAAGUCAAAAGCUGAGGUGGAUGAGUUGAGGAUGCGUGUGCGAGAGCUGGAGGAGAGGGAGCGGAAGGAAAGUAAGAAGCUAGCUGAUGAGGAUGCCCUCAGGAAGAUCAGAGUGGCAGAAGAGACCAUUGAGCAUCUGCAGAAGAAACUUGGCGCAACUAAACAGGUAGCAUAUAUUGUGCGUUUCACAGUGAAACCUGCCAACUCAGGAAGGAGAUAG